CGUCUGACUUCCGCAUUCCUCGCUCUUCCCGAUCAGGGAUCAGCGCUCGAGACCCGAGCUGAUGCAACGAUCCCCGCUCUUCAAGAUCUACUCGCGACCUCCGGCUGACGUCACAAAGGGACUCCACUCGCUCACCUCGAGACCAAAGUCAGCUGUGGUCACGGGCGUUUGUGACAUGAUGCCGGGACAGAUACCGGACCCCUCGGUGACCGCCGGCUCGCUGCCCAGUCUGGGCCCUCUAGCGGGCAUUUCUGCCACCACACUGACUGAACACCUGAAAUACGCCGACCUCUGCAACCUUGGGGCCAUGCUGUCCCCUUUACAUCUACUGGGGAAGCUGGGCAAGCGGACGCUCCCUAUUAAAGCCGAGAAAGAUGAAGAGGAAGAGCGGAGGAAAAGAAGGCGAGAGAAAAACAAAGUGGCUGCAGCAAGAUGUCGAAACAAAAAGAAAGAAAGAACAGAGUAUCUACAAAGGGAAUCUGAGCGUCUAGAGAUGAUGAACUCGGAGCUGAAAGCACAGAUCGAGGAGCUAAAGCACGAACGACAGCAGCUCAUACUGAUGCUCAAUCGCCAUCGGCCCACCUGCAUCGUGAGUACAGACAGCAUCAAGACGCCUGAGAAAGAGGCCAACCCUCUGCUGGAGCAGGUGGAGGCCAAAUGAGAAGGAACCACGCAUUUCCAUGUUACUGUUUACAGGUCAGCUCGUCUCCAGCUCGCUGAAGCACUUGGCUCGAAGCACUUGGACAUUUUAGGAAAGAGAGAAUGGCGUCUCAGACCUGCGAGGUUGGAGUUUUGAGGCUAAACGAAGCAAAAAGAAAAACACACAGAUGGCCUCAUUAAACUGGGCUGUGUUUUGGUAGUUACAAAACUUUUGUGGGAUAGUUUUUUUUCCUGUAAAAGUUUUUUUUUGUGGUCAUAAAGUGCCUUAUUUUAGUCCAUUUAGUUUUUUUUCGAAAGAAUUGUCUAUAGCUUGUUCUGAAUUGAUGAAAACACUCAUUGAAUGGUUGGACAUGCAUGUUGUGGGCUUGUCAUGUUAACUGGAUGAUUCUUCACGGACUGUCUCAACAUUUAUUCACCAUUUGUUGCCUUCAGUUGUUUUUUUUUUUCUCUGACGCAGGCGUCAUGUAUGCACAUAUGUAUGAACUGUUUAAAUCUUGCCAAUUUAUUAUAGUUAUGUAGUAUAUAAAUAUAUAUAUAUGAUUUUUAUACUUCUUGUACAUGGACUUAUCACUAGAUGUGAUACAUUUUAUGCAACAAUUUCAUAACCUCUAUUUCUGUGACUUAUUCAAUUUGUUGUAUAGCUGUGAAAACUGCAAACAAUUAUUAAACAAGU